AUGCCGAACCGUGCAGAGCAGGAGGCUCUCCGUGCAGCCAUACACUCGACUCCCAUCAUCGACAACCAUGCCCAUCCGCUGCUGAAGAGGGAGCACCUCUCCAAGCACGCUCUGCUCACCAUGACAAGCGAGGCCCACGGCGACGCUCUUCCCUCUACCAAGUCAUCGCUGGCGCAUGUCCGCGCGGUCAAGCAGCUCUCCGGGAUCCUGGGCUGUGAGAGGACCUGGGACGCCGUGGAGAAGCAGCUCGAGAGCAAGCGAGGCGCUGACUGGGCCAACUGGACGCGUACAUGUCUGCAGGGCAUCGAAUGCGUGCUCGUCGACGAUGGGCUCGACGGCAUGGACAGCGCCGAGUCGUAUCGGCACUUUGAUGCGCUUACGCCCGGCAAGAGCAAGAGGAUUGUGCGGAUCGAGCCCUUGGUCGAGGAGCUCAUCAGACAUCACUGCAGUAGAAUAGACAAGGCGGAUGACGCAUUCGCUGCCGUUGUCGUGGAACUUAGGGCGACUAUCCUCGAAGCACUGUGUGACACGGAGGUGGUCGGCUUCAAGUCUGUCAUCUGCUACAGGACGGGGCUGGAUAUCCCAGCUCCAGAGGACAGGCCAGAGAUGGUUGGUAACGUGGUGUCCACAAGCCCAGCAUUCAAAACCUUUGCCAGAAUCCACGCAUCCCGGCUCGAGCAUCCGGAACUGAAUGAGUAUUAUGUCCAUCUGCUAGCCGUGUGUAUCAGAGACAGCGAGACGGAAACGAAGAAGCCUAUCCAGUUCCACACGGGCCUGGGCGACAACGACAUACAGCUUACCAAGGCGUCGCCCGCGCAACUCCAAAACUUCAUCAAGACAUACCCCUCCGUGCCCAUGGUGCUGCUCCACGCGGGCUACCCCUAUACCAGGGAGCUCGGGUACCUGGCCGCCAUGUACGGCAACGUCUACGCGGACAUUGGCGAGGUUUUCCCCAUGGUCAGCCGAGCGGGCCAGGAGCACGUCGUCCGCCAGAUCCUGGAGCUGUGCCCUUGGGAGAAGAUCAUGUGGAGCACGGACGGGCACUGGUUUCCUGAGACGUACUUUCUGGCCGUCGUUCAGAUGCGAGAGGUCUUUGCGGCUGUUAUUGGCGAUAUGCUGAGCCAGGGCGACGUUGAUCAGGAGGAGGGUGUACGUUUGGUCGAAGGGGUGUUGUUCAGCAACGCGAAUCGACUGUAUAAUCUUGGCUUGACGAUGAACAAGUCCACAAGCGCGUGUAGCUAA